GUAGUAUAUAUGCUGACUAUACGAUUGUUAUUUAUUCAAAAGUUAAGAAAAUGCACAAGAUACACAUGGACGAAAUCGAAACUAAUUGUACAAUAAAAUAAUAAUUAUUAGUAUUACGAAGGGAAAAGGGAAAUGGUCCGUACUAGUUGUCCGAACCCGAAGAAGCCCCAAUCGCUGAUGCAACUGUCUAGGAGCCGCCACGCUGCGAAGAAGCUCUAGGGUUUGUUCGUCUUCUUCCUCGGUUUCAUCAGAACUCAAAAGGUACUUGGUAGGAGCGAGAAGAAAGUUUCUGGAGAAUUGCUGAAUUGUUUCUUUCAAUGGUUUUGUUUCUAAGAUGGUAAUCAAGAUUGUUGACGGUGCUCUGAAGAUCUGUUGACCUGCUCAGAGUUUGCUUAAAAAGUUUGAGAAAAAAUGGACGAUGAUAAUGGGCUCGAGCUCAGCUUGGGUCUUUCUUGUGGAGGAUCAACAGGAAAAGCUAAGGGUAACAAUAAUAAUAAUGCUGGAAGCUCCUCAGAGAACUACAGGGCAGAAGGAGGCGAUAGAAGUGCUAAAGUGAUUGAUGACUUUAAGAACUUCCUGCAUCCAACUUCUCAAAGACCUGCAGAGCCGAGUUCUGGUUCUCAGAGAAGUGAUUCGGGUCAACAGCCUCCACAAAAUUUCUUCAAUGACCUCUCAAAAGCUCCUACAACUGAGGCUGAAGCUUCUACGAAACCUUUGUGGGUGGAGGAUGAGUCACGGAAAGAAGCAGGGAACAAAAGAAAGUUCGGGUUCCCGGGGAUGAAUGAUGAUAAGAAAAAAGAGAAGGACUCGUCUCAUGUUGAUAUGCAUGAGAAGAAGACAAAAGCAUCCCAUGUUUCAACUGCGACAGAUGAAGGAUCAACAGCUGAAAACGAAGAUGUAGCAGAGUCUGAAGUAGGUGGUGGUUCUUCUUCCAACCACGCAAAGGAGGUGGUUCGUCCUCCUACUGAUACAAACAUUGUGGACAACUUAACUGGUCAAAGGAGGAGCAACCAUGGUGGAUCUGGCACUGAAGAGUUUACAAUGCGCAACAUGAGUUACACCGUACCUUUCACAGUUCAUCCGCAAAAUGUCGUCACUAGUAUGCCUUACUCUUUACCGACAAAAGAGUCUGGACAACACGCAGCAGCUACAAGUCUAUUGCAGCCUAAUGCUAAUGCUGGAAAUCUCCCGAUUAUGUUCGGAUACUCACCAGUCCAGCUCCCUAUGCUAGAUAAGGACGGUUCAGGAGGGAUUGUCGCACUUUCUCAAUCUCCAUUUGCUGGAAGAGUUCCAUCAAACUCAGCUACUGCAAAAGGCGAAGGCAAACAACCUGUUGCAGAAGAAGGUUCAUCCGAGGAUGCAUCAGAACGACCAACGGGAGACAACAGCAACCUCAAUACCGCUUUCUCUUUCGACUUUUCUGCCAUAAAACCUGGAAUGGCAGCAGAUGUGAAGUUUGGAGGAUCCGGGGCACGUCCCAACUUACCGUGGGUCUCAACCACUGGUUCAGGCCCACACGGACGGACAAUCUCAGGUGUCACAUACCGGUACAACGCAAACCAGAUCAAAAUCGUAUGCGCUUGCCACGGCUCGCACAUGUCACCGGAGGAGUUUGUACGGCACGCAAGCGAGGAGUACGUUAGCCCAGAAUCAUCCAUGGGAAUGACUGCAGCGUCAGCUCACACCUGAAAAGUCACCACCGGAAAAAAAGAUGUCUGAAAUCUUGUAAACAAAUGGAAGGGUUUGUAAUGAGUUUCUUUUUGGAACAUACAUUUUAUUAUGUUUAGUCGGAUCAAACUCUCAAGCCAAAGUUUUUUAACUGAGCUUUCUGUUAUGUUGUUGUAAUCUCUCUACUUCAUCACAAUUCCUUAUGUAAUCCUCUUCUUUCCUUUUUGUUUUUUGGUUGAAAGGAAAUUAUAUAUAACCAUAACAUUAUCGGUGUCCUUUGUUCCUUUGGUUAAAAUCUAAACAACUAUUUUGGUAAA